GUGGGCUUUAAACGUAGUAAACCCAAUUAACUGCCUCCAGAACAUAGCUCUCUUUUGAAUUAACAUAUUACCUUUAAGGUAACAGCGCAACAAGAUGCCACCUAAAAAGCGCAACACUGGGACGAUACAGAGCAAGGAGGCGAAAAGUGCAGAAAGUGUCUCUGCAGACAAGAAGGAGAGUCCAGAGUUAUCUUUUAAGAAGCACAGAGACAAGGAUGCUGAGUUCGUGACUCUGUGUAAGAGCCUUCACGUGACGGACCUAGUGUGUGAUCGAGCCUGGGCGCUGUGGAAAACUGUUCAAGAGUCUAUGGAUGAAAUCGCUGACAGUCAGAAACGGGUCUGGGGGGCUUGUCUGUUUGUGUCAGGGAGAGACGCAGAUGUCACCUGCUUCACCGUAACUCAGGUUCUGAAAGCAAUCAGUCUGAAUGUAAAGCAGUUUGUAGCGCUGGUGUGGAAGUUGGAUGUGAACCUAGAUACCAUAAGCACCAAGGUGAAUUUAGCACUGACGCGGCUGGAGAAGAAGUACGACGUGUCGCUGGCUCUCUACCAGCGGUUUGAGAAAACAUGCAAGACAAUCUUUGCUUUGGCUUCUGAUGAUCAGGAAAGGAAGACCAUGCGAAGCUGCUGGACAAUGUUCCUUUUAGCGAAAGGACGGGCCUUGCCGAUGGAGGAUGACCUGGUCAUAUCAUUCCAGUUGCUGCUUUGUACGCUGGAGUUAUUCAUCAAGCGUUGCCCUCCAGACCUGCUGCAACCUCUUUACAAAUCAGCAAUCAGCAAAGUCCCUCCGACACGAACGUCUCGCCGCAGCCAGAGCAAAGCCAAGUCCAAACCUCUGGAGCCAGAGGUGGAUUUGCAGCUUCUCAAAACCUUGUGCAACGAGAAUGAAUGCAAUGUAGAAGAGGUGAAGAAUGUAUACCAGACCAGUUUCUCGGCUUUCCUGGACUCACUGGAUCUUUCGAAAUCUCCAGAUUUUCCUCCGGCGAAAGACCUCAACCAACAAUACGAAGAGCACUAUCUCAAGAGUAGAGACAUUGAUGGACGGCUGUUUUUUGACGGAGACGAGACCGUUCUUGCCCCGAAAAUCAAGAUAUCGCAUGGGGAAAGAACCCCGAAGAAGAACCUGCCAGAUGAAGACGUACUCAUUCCUCCCCAGACGCCAAUCAGAGCUGCCAUGACUUCCAUUCAGCAGUUGAGAGGUGACCUCACCUCCAGUGGCGAUCAGCCAUCGACAAACCUAGCUACCUAUUUUAAAAAUUGCACCGUAGACCCGAUGCAGGCGGUGCUGUUGCGUCUGGAGACACUCGAACAGGCGUUCAGCCAAAGGUUUGGUCAGGCAGUCGGCCCGCACUGUACACUCGGUUGUCAGAGAUUCAAACUCGGUGUCAGACUGUAUUACAAAAUCAUGGAGGCAAUGCUGAAAUCGGAAGAGAAGCGACUGUCUGUGCAAAAUUUCAGUAAACUCCUCAAUGACUCCACAUUCCACACAUCACUGUUGGCGUGCGCUUUGGAGGUGGUCAUGGCAACGUAUGGAGAGAGCAGUUUUAAGACUGGCGGAUACAACCAUGAUGACCCACUUGAAACCGACUUGUGUUUCCCCUGGAUACUGGAUGUGGUCGACCUCCCCGCCUUCGACUUCUACAAAGUCAUCGAGAGUUUCAUCAAGGCCGAGCCCACUCUGAGCAAAGAUAUCGUCAAACACCUGGAGACCUGCGAGAACCUCAUCAUGGAGAGAAUCGCAUGGAGGACGGACUCGCCGCUGUUUGAGCUGCUGAAACAGGAGCAUGGAGGCGGAGCAGCAGAUCAGGUGGAGACUCCGGCCAGUUUCAGCCAACCACUGCAGCACAACCACACCGCGGCUGACCUAUACCUGUCCCCCAUGCGUCCAGGCCUUCGUGUCUUGCCUCCUGAGUCCUCGGCCACGCCCGGCUCUCAAGCCUCCGCUCAGCCUUUGACCCAGCCUGGCGGCGGCCAGACUCCCCGUCUCCCAAAGUCCAACUCGCUCAGCCUUUUCUACAAAAAAUUGUACCGCCUGGCCUACAGCAGGCUGCAGAUACUCUGCUCCUACCUGCUCGCCUCCCACCCGGAACUGGAGCCCAUCAUCUGGACCCUGUUCCAGCACACGCUGCAGCAUGAGCACGAGCUGAUGAGAGACCGCCACCUCAACCAGUUGAUGAUGUCGGCCAUGUAUGCCAUCUGUAAAGUAAAGAGUGUUGACCUGCGCUUCAAGACCAUCGUCACAGCGUACAAGAACAUGCCCAACACCAACCAGGAGACCUUUAAGCACGUGUUGAUCACUGAGGGCCACUAUGACUCCAUCAUCGUCUUCUACAACCAGGUGUUCAUGCAGAAGCUGAAAACCAACAUUCUGCAGUAUGCGUCGACUCGGCCACCCACCCUCUCUCCAAUCCCACAAAUACCUCGAAGCCCCUACAAGUUCCCCAAUUCACCUUUGCGUGUGCCCGGGAGCAACAACGUGUACAUCUCCCCUCUGAAAAACACCCGCACGUCUCCGGGUAUCAUGACUCCUCGCUCCAAAAUGCUGGUGUCCAUUGGUGAAUCUUUCGGGCUGUCCAAUCGGUUCCAGAAGAUCAACCAGAUGGUCAACAGCAGCGAACUCUCCUUUAAAAGGACUCUGGAUCUCGGCUCGGGUCCGAAGCCUUUGAAGAGGUUACGGUUCGAUGUGGACGGGCAAGAUGAGGGCGAUGGCAGCAAAUCUGGAGGAGAUUCUACACUCAUACAGAAGCUUGCAGAGAUGAGCUCCACUCGGAGUCGCAUGCAGGAGCAGAAGAUGAAGGAGGCGGAAUCAAAGAAGGAGUAACACUAAAAGCUACUGAACUGCCCUGCACUGUUGAUCACACCGGGAACUCUUCGCUUUUGUUCACACACAAAGGGAAACACGAGUUUCUCUUGACAUUUAGUUUUUGAUUUUAGUUUGUAUUUAACUUUGAGGAGUAAUAUGUGAAUACAGAGGGCUUUCUCCUCUCUUUUUGUUGAUGCUUUAACUGUGUUUUAACUGAAUAAUGAUUGAUGUCAUUGAAGAUUUAGUACGUUUGGUUUUUAGAGUGCUCUUAGUUUGUGGGUGUUUAAAGAAAUAUUUUUUUCGCUCUUAUCGAUGUUCUCAACUUGAGAUACAUUGCUGGUUUCCUUGUUAAGUAAUCCAUCAGGAACGUCUUCUGUUGACCUUUUUCUUUUGUAACAUAAAAAAAAAUAAUGUUUGAAUCAUGACGCAACUUCAGUUGGAUUACAUGUCGGCUUCAGAAGGGAAAUUGUCUUUCCACUCAGCAGUUUUACUUUCAAAGUGAUAUUUAAAUGGGAACUUGCUUGAAUUGUCUCGGAAAAAGAUUUUGAUUUAUUUCAUUAAGUAAGAAUUAGAAAUAAGAAAAAGAAAUAUCAAGGAAAAGUAUAUAGCAUAUCAUUUGCACUCAACCCAAAUUCAUGUAGUUAGGAUUUGGUUGACGGGUAAUGUUUCUCUUUGUGUAUAGUUAUAUAGUAAAUAGUUAUACUUUUGAGAGUUGAAAAUGUUCAUCCAAUGCAAACACGUCCUCACGUGUUUCAAUUAGGAGACUGUAUUUCAUAUUCUCACAUUUUUUUACGGAUGAAUUGAUUUAUCUUUGGAGCGUUGCUGAGAAAGAGGGGUACAAGAUUACAGCGGCAUAAUGCGCACCACAUGGAGCAUUAAUAUGUGGACUUCACUCCAGAAAAGUAUACCAAGGUCAAAUAUAUUGGUAGACAUUUCAAUUACCAGAGUUUUUUAAUUUAAAUGUGUUUAUAUUGUACGUUAUUGAAGUAGUUCCUUGAAAAUGUAGUAAAUAUUUCUUUUGAAAAAAUCAUUUUGUUUUUGUAUUCCUUUGCAUAGAAGUAACUCCAUGUCGGCAUUAUCUUCUGUGUUAAUCAGUUUUCUCUUUUACCUUCGAGGCCAUCGGCCAUCGAAGCCAGUAUUCAGGGAUUUACCAGCUGAAUGACCAAAGUGAUGUCAUCAUGUGGAGUUUUAUGCAGUUUUUUUGUUUGUGGUGCUUUUAAGAGAGAACUGUUGUUUGAUUCCAGGUUUUAUAUACUGUGAUAUGCUGUCAGUUUUUUGUUGUUGAGGAAAAUACAAUUUGAGUGUUGGUUAUAAAACAGAAACAUGA